GAGCUGGGGCUUUAAGGAAAACCGUUAUCGUGAGGCUCGUGACAAAAUCAUGAGAGUUGGCAACACUGCUGAGUGGAUGUGCAUGGAGGAGAUGCCCUUGUUGGCAGCUCGCUGCUGGAGAAAAAGCUGGUUACGGGAGGGUGAUGUGUUAGGCACUAACUCUUGUCUAUAUUUUUUGUCAAAGUCCAGACUCCAGAGAAAAUAAUAAUUAAUAAUUAAAAAAAUGAUAACUUAAUUGAUUUCGGGGUCCAUUCAGCAGUGUCUGGGGGUCUGCAUUUGGCCUGCAGUCUGCCUGUUGACUACUGGUUAUAAAAACAACUGUGUUGGGACACUUGGAAGUAGCACUAUGUGCCCCUGAUGCCUUGAAGAUGUGGUUUGUGGAUGGGAUUGUAUUGUGCUCCCAAAUUGCAAAAAUCCUGCUAGGUCUGGAAUUUAGCUCUUCCUAUGCUCUAAGAACAAUUUUUGUUCUAAUUGUUCACAGUGUAGGUGUGAUUUUGGAAAAGUGGGCAAUUGAAGGGCCAAUAGGUGUCGUUGCUGGAUGCUUUUGGAGACUGCUCCUUAGGUAAUUCAGGUCAACAAGACUCUAUUUGCAUGAAAAACUAUAAUGAUGUUAGAGAGACAAGGUGGGUGAGGGAAUAUCUUUUAUUGAACCAAUUUCUGUGGUGAGGUUAACCAGCAUCUGAGCCACACAGAACUCUUUAGGUCUGGGAAAGGAACUCAAAGUGGCACAGCAAAAUGCACAGUGGAACAUAUUGUUAACAUGAGUAGUUAGCACAUAUUGUAAGGUGACAGGUUUGAGUGGUAGCUGUGUUAGUCUGUAUCAGCAAAAAAACGAGUCUUUUUGUGGCAUCUUGAAGACUAACAAAUUUAGUUGGGUAUAAGCUUUCGUGGGCUAGAACCCACUUCAUCAGAUUUAUGAAGUAAAAGAUACAGGAACAGGUAUAAAUACAUGAAAGGAUGUGGGCUUAUGACCGACUUAACACUUGGUAAAGCAACCCACAUUUCUAAGGUGCCACAAAGAUGCCUCUUAUUGUAAGGGACCAUUCAAGGUAGAGAGGUCUGUUAACACCUCUGCAGUCAUAGGACCAAAAAAAAAAAGAGGAGUUUUUAUGGGUUACAGAUUGUUGUAAAAUAAGCCAUAAAUCCAGUGUCUGUGUUCAGUCUGUGAUUUUUGCUGUUUAGCAAAGUAAUGAAUUUAAGCUCCCAGGCUCUUGCACUGGUUUCCUUUAAGGGUAAGGACUGAUAGUCAGAUAUUGAUCACUUUAUGAAAAGUGUUCACCCACAGGUGAUAGGGUGUUUGACUUUUAUCAUUUUCCUGUGUCAGCUCAGUUGAGAGUGUAGUGGUCGUCUGGUUUCACCCACGUAGUUACUGGGGAAUUGAGCGCACUGGAUGAGGUAUACCACAUGUUGUGAUUGGCAUGUGUAGGAUCCAUUGAUCUUGAAAGAUGUGUUGUGGGGGGUGUUGAUUAUCUUAGCAGUGGAGAUGUCUGCAGGUUUGCUUUGAGUUGAUGUUUCCUGGUCUGUGGGGAGCUUGCUUCUGGUGAUGAGCUUGGCGAGGUUGUGGGUUGUUUGAAGGCCGGAAAAGGGGGUUCAGGAAAGCUAUCUUUCAGGAUGGGGUCCCUAUUGAAUAUGGCUGGGGGUAGUUUGAUGAUAGCCUGUGUGGGUUCCAGUGUCUGGUAGUGGUAGGUGAUAACAAGCGGUGAGGAGUCAGGAGGGUUUAUUUCUGUAUUGAAGCAGAUUUGUUAAGGGUAUUUGGGUGGCCUAUUGUACGAUGCAAUCUACUUCUUUGGCGGACUAUCCUUGUUUGGUGAAGACGGUUUUAAAUGUGUUAAGGUAUAUAUCUCAGAUUCUGUGGCAUCCAAGUGUUUGUCUGUAGAGAACAGAUUUCUCAGUGUAUUUGGGGUGUUUAUUGGCUCUGUGAAGUUAGGUGUGGUAAUCCCUGUGUUUCAUGUAUAUGGUUGUCUGCAGGGUUCCAUGACUGAAGGUGAUUGUGGUGUCCAGGAAGCUGAAGCUAGUGUGGGAUUGUUCCAGAGAGAGUUUAAAGCAGGGUUUCUCAAUGUUUUUUCUUUCUGAUGCCCCCUCAACAUGCUAUAAAAACUCCAUGGCCCACCUGUGCCACAAUAACUGGUUUUCUGCAUAUAAAAGCCAGGGCUGGUGUUAGGGUUUAGCAAGCAGGGCAAUUGCCUGGGGCCUCAUGCCCCAGGGCCCCUGCGAAACUAUAUUGCUCAGGCUUUGGCUUCAUCCCCAAGUGGUGGGGCUCAGGAUCCAGGCUUCAACUCUAUGCAGUGGGGCUUUGGCUUUUUACCCUGGGCUCUAGCGAGUCUAAUGCUGCCCCUGGUUGGCAGCCCCCCUGAAACCUGUUCGCAGCUCCCCGGGGGCCUCGGAACUCUGAGAGCCACUGGUUUAAAGGAUGGAUCGUGAUUGUUGAAGUUGUAGUGGAAAUCUAUAAGGGAUUUUAGGUUACUUUCAACCUCAGGACAGGCAUCAUUGAGGUAUGUCAUUGGUUUUGUUGUGCAUUUAUGCUAUCUAUGUGCUAAGCAAUCUGUUCCACCUUGUCUUUCACCAUGACGCUGGGAGUUCCUUUCCUAGACUUGAAGAAGAGCUCUGUGUGGCUCAAAAGCUUGUCUCUCACAACAAGAGAAGCUGGUCCAAUAAAAGAUAUUACCUCACCCACCUUGUCUCUCUCAUAUCUGGGGACUGACCUGACUACAGUUAUACACUCUGACAACACUGCUAUAUAUAGUAAGGAAAGACAGAUUCUUCAGACAUGGGGGGUUACAAUCCAUCCAGAAUACCUGCUUCCACAGAAAAGACAAAGGCCUCGCUCCAGCUUCCACCCAUACACACUCUCAUCCCCUUUAUUUUUAUUUUUCAUUGCCUGAGGCAGAAUAUCAGCAUGUGAUCUGCAGCUCUGUUAAAUGCUGAUGAAGCUGUAUACUUCCUUUGUUUGUUUAGACUGUUCUGUGCCUAAUAGACCUAAAGAGGUUUUGAGCAGCCCCAGCUCCCUCUGCAGUCAGUGGAAGCUGUUGGUAUUUGGUCCAUUUCAAAACGAGAUCAAAGGUGUAUUACAUGUAGCCAAACACAAAUUUUAAUCAAAUGCACAGUCAAAAAACCUCAACUUCCUCUAAAGCUUUCCUGAGCACUGAUGUGACUUUACCAGCUCUCCCACAAUCCUCAGUGGGAUUGUGUAGGUCUGGCGAAGGGCAGAACUUGGGGCAGUAACGGGAAGUUAGUAAGUCAUUGGGCUGAAAUUGGCCUUAAUGCAACUUUUUCAUAGGUAAAAGGUGACUCAAAUGAGCAAUGAGAAGGAGAACAGAUACUCGAGUCAGGACACUCCAGCUUCCUGAGUGCUACCAACCUCCCAUUUUGACUAAACAAAGACAAACUUUUUCAACAAUAGAGGAAUUUUUUACUUAAAAGGACACCCAGGCAGCUUGUCUGCAUCUGUGCUCAGAGCCUUCUGGGUGAAUACAUUUUCUAAAUUGCAAAAUAUGAAAAAAAUUUAAUGAAAAAUGUAUGACCUGUUUUAUAAAUGAGAGCUCUAAUUUACCUAUGAAGGAGGUGCAAUAAUACUACAGUAAAUGUCUAAUUCAGUCAUACACAAUACAGUGACUAGUCUUUAUGUGAGCCUUAGGUUAAAAAGCAUAUCCCUGGAAUAUUAUUAGAUGUAGGAGUGUAUUUCAUUCAUGCUGAAAUUUGACGUACCUUAGGUCUUAUGUAAGUUCCCACCUACUUAGUUGAAAUGUCCCUUUAAAAAAAGUGUGUGAAGUUAUGUCUCAUCUAUACUGGUAGUAUAACUGGACUGGCAAGAUUUUUUAUUAAAUGUGUUUCAGUAGAGUGUGGUGAGGUGCUAUAAAUGAAAAUACUGUGAGCGGGUUAUUGCUUUCUUGAUUUUGAGCACCAGAAUGUAUGAUAGGUGUUAAACAAAAACAAUAAUGACAUUGUCCCUGGCCCAAAUACAUUGUAUUACCAGGCUUCAAUUUUGAAACUGGAUCUUUGAAUGUAGUUGGCUUCAGAGAGGCUCUGCAUACGCGCAAGGGUCUGCUACACAGAUCCAGUGGCUGGAUUGGGGCCUAAAUUCAGACAAGCGAUCAUAGACAGAAAAGGGGACUGGGGAAGAGGAGAGGUAGCCAAGGGUUAGAGUAAUAAGACCGUGCAGUUACUCAGGCAGGUACACAUCCUGAUGAGUCCGUUAAUCUCUGUUAACAACUAACUUUAUCAUGUCACCUGCAAGUGAAUACAUGCCAUGAUAAUUUAAGUAAGCAGAUGGGAGGUGGCUUGGGAAACAGGUUUUUGGAAAGCAUUCUAUGCCUGUGGGGCAGCAUGAAAUGAACACAGGUAAAAGUGAGAGCAGAAAAAUGAAUGGGGUGUUGAGGCUGGUCUUGUAGGUGGAGAGAACAUGCCUAGUUUUCAGCCUCGUUUGGAGAUUUAGGUGGGUCUAAGUGUUUCAGUGUUUUGAUGACAAGCUGUGACCUCUCUGUGUGUGACAGAAGCAUGGAACAAACUUGUGAGUUAAAUCUUUUUAAGGUUUGCUCUGUAUUUUAUGGGGUGACAUUAGUGCCGACCUCUAAUCCAGUCCCUACCAGAUUUCUAACAAAACCCCAGAUCAGUCAAGAAUAUGUCUCUGCCUUCUGCUCAUGAGUAGAUGCUUUUAAAAGUUGUAUACAAUUCCUUAGAAAAUGAUGAAAAGUGGUUUAUUCUAGGUAACGUAGCUAUCCGUAUUCUCGUUACCAUACAAAUGUCUAAUUCCUGUUUGAAUCCUAAAAUCUUGGCAACACUGGUUUGUUGAGGCAAAGAGUUCCAGGGGCUAAUUACACCUCUACCUCGAUAUCACACUGUCCUUGGGAGCCAAAAAAUCUUACCGCGUUAUAGGUGAAACCGUGUUAUAUUGAACUUGCUUUGAUCCACUGGAGUGUGCAGCCCCCCGCCCCCCGGAGCACUGCUUUACUGUGUUAUGUCCAAAUUCGUGUUCUAUCGAGUGGUGUUAAUAUUGAGGUAGCGGUGUAUGUGAUGUGUAAAAGGAUUUUUGUUUUUAUGUUUUAAAUUUGCUGCCUUUCCAUUUAAUUGAAUGUUCCCUUGUUCUUCUAUUACAAGAGGGUAAGUAGAAGCGUCCAGUGUACCUCAUCUAUACCAUUCAUAAUUUUAUAUAGAUCUGAAACAGUUAUAGAUAAAUUCAUCUUAAUCUGUUAGCAAUAGCACCCACUACCUGAGAACUCUGCUGUUUUGAGGAGCUGAUCUUAGUUGAAAGUUAACAAUGCUAAUAUUUAUACUUCGUCUGAACCAACAAAUUUUUUUCAGUAGGUUAAAGUCUGGGCAUUUUGUGCACUGUUUGUUUUAAACAUUGAUAUUACAAGAGCAGAUGAAAGGUCAGUGUGAUGUUUCACUCUCACAUAUCUUGUUUAUCAGUGGAAUGGGAGUAAUUGUUAAAUAGAUGCUUAUGGAAGUCUAAUUAUUUUGGGGCUUAGUGUUUGGGGGUUUUUUUCCCCCCCAAAAUCAGUUAUUUUAAACACAAGCUGUGAAACAAAUAGUAUCAAGAAACAUUAACUGCUUUACCUUUUUUUACUCUCCAUCUUAAAAGCUCAACAGUAACACUUUUGUAGUGUCGUUCAAUUUAGCAAAUGACUAUUUUUCUCUUUUUUAAUAGCAUGCAAGCCCUAUGUGGCUCUCUUUGUUUACUGUCACCAGGGUCACAAUGGGGACCAGCUGCGGUCACUCAGUUAGGAUGAACCUCAAAGAAUGGGGCAGACAAACCCCAAAAAGCUGGUGGAUAUUCCAAUACUUAGAUUUACCAAGCCAGCAUAAAACAACUUCUUUAUUACCUUGCUGGUUACUCAGAAGUUCAGACAAUGCAGUUCCCUUGAAGUGAUCCAGCCUCAGGCCUCCAUCCAGGCACCUAAGUCAAAUAUGAUGAUUUCUGACAAUCUUAUUUCAUCAUAUAAAAGAAAAGGUUCUACCAAUUCCAAAGUACCAGACACAUUACCUCCCAGGUUAUUGAAUAUUCCAGAUCUUACCCAAAUACACGCUACAGCCAAUUUUUAUUAACUAAACUAAAAUUUAUUAAAAAACGAGAAUAUGAUUAAAAGAUCAAUAUACAUACAGACAUGAGUUCAGUCGCUGAGGUUCAGAUUCAUAGCAGAGAUGGUGAGCUUUGUAAUUGCUAAGAGUUCCUUUUAGAAUUCAGUUCAUAAGUUAUAGUCUAAUGUCCAAAUAUCAUAAUCAGAACCUACCAGCAUAAUUGGGACCUCAGUCUUGUGACUCAAGCUUCCCCUGAUGAAGCUUAAGCAGAUCUGAGAUGACAGAAUCAGGACCAAAGGGUCUUUUUAUACAGUAUUCUAGCAUUCACUUGACCAUGUAGUCCUGAUUAAUAAACAAUAGGCUUUUGAUGUAACAUUUUGCUUAAACACCACCAGUAAUUAGUUACACAAAUUAACAUAGGACAACUUAUCCAUUAGGCAGUCUUAUCACAAACUUCAAAGAGACAUAUAGACAAUGACAUUAUUUUACCAAAGAUUCAUCUAAAUGUUAAUAUUCCAUUUUGAUCUCUGAAUCAGUAGUUAUAGUGACAGACAGGAACUGUCUAGAUUACACGGGUAGCAUCUAAGAUACACACAAUUAAUAUUACUUUUAACACAGGGGUUAGCAACCUUUCGGAAGUGCUGUGCCUAGUCUUCAUUUAUUCACUCUGAUUUAAGGUUUCGCGUGCCCGUAAUUCAUUUUAACGUUUCUGGGUCUCUUUCUGUAAGUCUAUAAUAUAUAACUAAACUAAACUGUUGUUGUUUUAUGUAAAGCAAAUAAGGUUUUUAAAAUGUUUAAGAAGCUUCAUUUAAAACUAAAUUAAAAUACAGAGCCCCCCCGGACCAGUGGCCAGGACCCAGGCAGUGUGAGUGCCACUGAAAAUCAGCUCACGUGCUGACGUCUAACAACGUAGUUUCUUUCAGUUCUAUGGUUCUUCCUUAGCAGGCCACCUAAUAUCCCAUGGAAGCCAAUUAAGUGUCAAGCUGUAUCUGGUACAUUCAAGAAGCACAGCAGAUAUGUCCCUCAAAAAUGUACUGUGAGAAUUCAGAAGCAAAAAUACUAGAAGACUAAGGCAUCAACUUACACACCAUCUCAGAAAUAGAGAACUCGAUGGAUCAUCUGAAAAAGCUUGCCAGUGAGCUGAUCAGCAUACUCCAAUAUUCUAGGAGGUUGUCUUCAUGAAUACUCUUGUGGAGGAUGUCCAUGAUCCUCUUUGCUUGUGUGGUGAGAGUGAGGGACGGACUUCCACUUUCAGCCUCCACGGAUUUUCAUCUCAACCAGGACUUUCUGGAAUGCAGGAAGAGACUAAAGGCAUUGUCCUUAAUUCUGGCACAGUAUCCUGAUCGAGGCACAGCAGCAGGACGUGGCUUCAGCAUACAUUUUCAUUCUUCUGGGGACAUCGCUUACAUGGGGAUCUGCACCAGCAGUUGCCCAACCAUCAUGGCAUUUUGUUUCCUGGAGGAGCUCCAGUGGAAAUUUUCUGCUUCAUAUGACUCUACGAGCAUAAGCUUGGCUACCAGACCCUAUGCUUUUCUUGAAUUUGAUAAUAUUAUUCAGAAAGUGAAAUACCAUUUCAACUACACAAGUUGCUCUCAAAUGAAGAACAGCCUGGAGAAAAUUCAGGAAGAGCUGAAGUUCCAUCCUCCUGUGCUUCUGAAACUAGAGGAUAUAGAGCUGAUGAACGGGAUGAUUAAUGGGUACACAGAAGUACACAUGGGGUCUGUCCCUAUCUACAGAAUGCAACCUGUGACUCCAUUGGGGAUUCUGUCCCUUGUUCUCAGUAUCAUGUGUGGAGCAUUGAACCUCAUUCGAGGAGUUCAUCUAGCGGAGUAUUCUUUUCAGGAAGACCAUGAGGGAAUUGGAAAUGUAAUAGCAUUUCUCCUGUCUUUUCUAGCCUGCAUUUUUCAGAGCCCUAAUGCGGCUAGACACAGCUCACCUCCCGGGUUGGAGCUCACGAGUUCAUGAAGCAACAACGUUCUCUAACCUAGCAGGAGCUAGAGCUGAGCUCAUCCCGAUUGUCUUGGAAUGGCGACCAGUGGCCAGAAGAUGCGACGAAGGAAUCUGUGUUACCUCAAGUGUAAACGCUGGGAAUUUUGCUUUAACAAACCUUAACUGAUGCUUGUAAUUCAGAGUCAUGCGAAUUACAUGUAGGGUAUGUCUAUGCUGCCAUCGGGAGAUGUGACUGCUGCAUGUGGAGGCAGGUCUGAGGUAGCUUUGAUUGAGUUAAGGAGCUAAAAUUAGCCAUGUAGGCAUGGCAGCAUGGGUGGUUGCCUGGCUAAUCACCCAAGUACAAGUCUGCCUAGACACUUGGUUUGCCCUUUGGUAACUAGUCAAGCUCAAUCGGAGCUUAUCCUGCAAUCACACCUCAUUGCAGUGCAAAUGUAAGCGGAGAUAGUGCCUGGGGAUGAGCUCUCUGUAUUCCGGGCCAACUUGCAUUCAAGGAAUUUUCCUGUCCUACUUUGCCUUUUACCAUCACCCACACAAAUGAAACUGGGAAACAUGCCUCACGGUGAGAUACUUAAGGAGCUCAGUCCAUUUAGAUGAUCAAAAAGAAGAUGAAGUGUUGGGUAGAAUAUGAUGGAUAAGUGCCUUCAAAGGAGAAAAUUCUGGAUACUAAUGGGCUCUUUAAUCUCAGCCACUGAUUCUUGUUGUGCCUUUCUCCACUAGGUUAAAGCCAGACCAAUUCAAAUGAGAAAGAAGGCACAAAUGUUUAACAGUGAGAGCGAUUAACUAGUGGAACAAGUUACCUAGGAAAGUGAUGGAUUCUCCAUCUUCAGCUCAAGGCUGGAUGCCUUUAUGGAAGAUGUGCUUUAGUCAAACACAAGUUAUUGGGCUCAGUACAGGGAUAGAGAGGUGAAAUUAUAUGACCUGCUAGACGGGAGGCCAGACUAGAUAUCCAAUGGUCCCUUCUGGCCUUACUCUUUGAAUUAAUUGUGACAUGCUUCACAUAUUGUUACACUUUGAAUAUCAAUGGAACAAGGCAAGAAGUCUAGGGUGUUUUUUUUACCAUUCCAUUGAACACAUUUUUUAAUCCUUGUGUUGUGCAAUUGUCUCUUUUUCAUAUCGGUGUUAGCUGACAUGGAGAUUCCCAAACUAUUUAAAACAUUUUUGUGGCUCACUUUGCAUAAUUUAUAAAUUCCAAGGCCAGAUAAUGGUCAGUGAUGGAGAAUCCACCGUGACCCUUGGUUAACUGGUUAAUUACUCUCACUGUUAAAACUUACACUUUAUGUCCAGUCUGAUCUGCUAAGGCCCCAGUGAGAUAUAGAGGGUUAAACAUGAUUAAAAGAUGUUAUAAGCAUGUUGCAGACAUGAGUAAUGUUAUAGAUAAUUAUAAGCACAUCAGUAGAAGCUGAUUACAAAGCUACUGACUGACUGGUCAGAUUCAAACAAUUAACUAAUCAUUUAUUAAAACAUGAAUUCCUCCUUUAUUGUAGGAGGAGCUAGAUAGUGCUACCUAUACUUAAGUUUGCCUGACACUUCCCAUUACGAGACCCUGAUUUAAUUGCUUUUAACUUUGCCAAACUUUAACCAUUUGGGCUGAACUUUUUCCAUGAUGGUUGUCUACUUCCAGUUAAAUUUUAAUGGAAAGUUUCAACUGAACACUUCAGAGAAUGAGAUUAGGGAAAAAUACAUUGUUUUGCUUAGGUAAAAAAAACCCCAACAAACCGUUUUUUAGAAGCUCUAGCACCUUCAUGCUCUGGAGCAAAGAUGUGAAAUUCGGCAGGUGGUUGCUUCAUGUCAGGCAUGUGCCCAUUACUGUCCCUGUGUAAAAUCCACACAAAUUUGGCCAAUUUGUAAGCAUCUGAAAAACCUUAGUUUGCACGUGCUCAAGAGACUUGUUUCGGCAGCUAAAUUCUCUGAAGGUGCUGUCUGCAUAUUGCAUCCCCUUGCAGCUCCUACGUACCAAGCAGACUGUGCACAUACCAUCCCCAAAGAGAAAACUGAGCAUGCUGCAGCCCAGGGCUGUCAGGGCUGAGCAAGUUGUUCCUGUAAUUUCUCCUCCCAGCUGCCAGAGAAAUGGGGUAGCAGGAAUUAAUAACUUAGUAUGCGAAGCAGGAGUUGGCUGGUGGGCAGUAACUAAGCCCUGGGGCUACUCACUGACGGGGGAAGAGAAAAAGAAAUAUUGUAUAAACCCAUGCACUGAAUGAGGCGGGGUCCUGGGGGGUGGGAAAUAUUAUGCGGUCAUAUAGUUAGAGACUGUGUCAUAAUGCAUAUGCACAUGGGGGGUGGGGGAGAUUAAGACCCCUUAAAUCUGACAUUUCCUAAUAUUGAGUGCUUGACAUUUUGCAGUCUUAAUUAUGCUCUUUGGAUGUUGGGUUUUUUGAUGUAAUAAACAUACGACUAACCAUCCCCUGAAGUGAAAGGCCCCAUUCUAUGAGGUGUGUACAUACACUUAAUAAGACAGUCCCUGACUCAAAGAGCUUCCAGUCUAAGUAGCCAAGCCAGAUAAACAGCAGGGGAAAGGAAGUUGUGUUGCAAUUUUCCAGAUGGUGAGAGAUUGUGCGACCUUGGAAAAACGCCUUCAAUUCCCAGCUCUUCCACAGACUUGAAGUGGGUCUCCUGUGUUCCACUUCAGUGCCUUACCCACAAGACCGUUGUGACGGGGCAGAGGAGCCCCACACUGGCACUGCAGGGGUUAACCCUUCCUUCUUGGCAGAGGAAGCCCCGCCCAGGAAGCCCUGCUGGGCAUGCUCCAACUGAAGACUAGGUAUAAAAGCCUGCAAAGCUGCUCAGUCUGGGCUGACCACUGGAGGAGAAGGAUGCACACAGCCAGCUCCUGAGGAGGGACAGCCAAUCCUCCAGGAUCCAGUCUAUCCGGCACACACCCUGCAUCCCAGAUGGAGGACCCAACAGAGGGGAAUGGACUGGAGGACUCCCCCCUCCAGAGUGGAGAAUAUGGCAUUGAGGGUAUGAAGUGACCAUGGGGAACUUUAGGGACAAGCCGUGUUAAAGCAGCACUGAUGCUUGGCGUGUUGUGGGCGGAUCCCUGCUGAGCCAUGGGCAAGGAGAACCCCACCACCAAGAGAGCCCUGGGUUGGGACCCAGUGGAGAGGGUGGGCCUAGGUCCCCCUACUCCUCUGGGCAUUAGGUGACACUUCCUCGCCUUAGAGGAGGAAAGAUAGACUUUGGCCAUUGGGACACACUGCCCUGACACUUGGGGUGAGUUAUAUGGACUCUGGCCUUUGGGCCACACUGCCCUGAUACUUGGGGCGAGCAUGGGGGAUCUGGCCAUUAGGCCCCAUUCGGAUGCCCUUAAAGAGGGCAGGUUUGGAAACUUGAGAGAUGAGGAUCUGGCACCCCACCCUCCCCUGCCACAAAGGGGUGCUGCAGUGCCAGACCCAUCACAACCAUCCUUUAAGAACAGCCCAUGAUGACUGUGGGGUUUUUUUUAAAUCCUUAAAGCUUGCAGCUGAUUAUCCUCUAUAUCAGUGAUACUCAGACUGAGGCUUAUGAGCUGCAAGUGAAUCUUUAAUGUGUCUCCUGCAUCUCUUUGCAGAACAUGGUGUGACGUUGCACUCCACAUGCUAUAAAUGUAUUUUAUAAAAGUGUUAAUAUAAUGUAACUGGAAUAUACUUUACGCAAAAGAUCUCUUGUAAGGUAUCAUUGCAAAGCUUAUAAUCUACUGAGUGCGGUCAUCCUAUUUGUAUGAAUGUAUCAUUCUUGUAUCUGAAAUUAGGAAUAUGAAAUAUAACUCUGAGGUCCUACUGUAAUUAUGCAAAGUGUGGGCUAUUAAUGGGGGUUUGGAAUCUUGCUGGCUCUACUGACUAGGACAAUUGAUUGUAACUGGUUCCGUUUACUUGUAAGCCUUCCUGUAUAUAUGUGUGCCAGCCAGUGGGUAAUGAAGUCUCACAGAAAAUGUGAACAUGUCACACGAUACUGGAAUCCAUCUAAACCUGGUGCUUUUCCAUUUAGAAGGAAGGGUGGGAACCCAGAGAGAGACAAAGGAUUUUGUGCCAAAGCUAUAAAAGGGGGUGGAACAGAACAAAGGAGGCAGUCAUGAGAAAUCCCCUAGUUACCACCUGAGCUGGAACCAACAAGGUCUGUAUGAGGGGAAAGGACUGGGCCCAAACUGGGUAGGAGUCUAGUCUGUGAAAGAAGCUGAUUGGAACAUCUCUGAGGGUGAGAUUUACCUGUAUUCAGUUUCUUAAUAUAUUAGGCUUAGACUUGCAUGUUUUGUUUUAUUUUGCUUGGUAACUUACUUUGUUCUGUCUGUUAUUACUUGAGACCACUUAAAUCCUACUUUUUGUACUUAAUAAAAUCACUUUUGUUUAUUAAUUAA